AUGGUCACGUGUUCUCUGCGUGAUGUGUUACUGGCUAUGGUGGUCAUGCCCACAUUAGGCUGGAAAUGGCUGCUAGCUUUCUCCACCUUUCCUCUUGUUAUCUUUGCUGCCUCCUGCUGUUGGUUACCAGAAAGUGCUAGAUUUGAUGUACUGAGAGGCAUAGAAGACAAGGCCCUGGACACUUUGAAAUAUAUAGCAGCAGAAAAUAGGAGCUCUGUGCCUACUGGAAGACUUAUAGCCAACACUCAGACUGAGCGUGGGAGAAUUAGAGAUCUUUUUAUUCCAGAAUACCGCAAAACAACACUUUUGGUCUGGGUUAUCUGGUUUUGUAAUGCUUUUUCAUAUUAUGGUAUUGUGCUGCUGACCACUGAAAUGUUCCAAGCAGGAUCUGCGUGUAGUGCUACUGAUGACUCAAAUAUGGAACCUCAGUGCAGUUUGGAGUGCAAUUAUCUGACUUUUAAUGAUUAUAUGGACCUUCUGUGGACUACCUUAGCAGAAUUUCCAGGUAUUCUGGUCAGCCUGUGGAUGAUUGAUCGAAUUGGCCGGAAAAAAAGCAUGGCAAUUUGUUUUUUAUUGUUCUCUGUAUCUAUUUUGCCAUUGUAUGCCUGCACACAUAGGUACAUUCAUAAAAAACCUGUACAGAUUCAAAUAAGUAUGCAAAAAUAACCGUUGUAAUUGCAAAAGUAAGAAAAAAUAUUUUUAAGCCACUGUAAAUGACAUAACAUAUUUAUCUUUUACUUUACAAUUUCCAGGU